AUGGACAAAAACGAGAAACUACGAUGCAAAGAAGAGCUGUUUGAACGAAAGGCACUUCGAAACAAUACUCGGUCAUGGGGAAUCGACACAUUGAAACUGGCUACUGAGCUACUGGAAAAGCGGAACCUUAUUAGGUCACACUGCAAUCAUCUGAAGGAAACGGCAGAAUGUAAAUCAUCUAGCAUCAACAGCGCAAGACAAGCCCUGUACCAGCAGUACCAGGAACUCAUCCGAACCGUUGCAGCGCUUCAGCAGAGCAAGCCAUCCUCCAAUGAACUACAUCAAGGAGGUCAUCGUCGAGCACCAGUCAAACCACCAAGUGCUACUAUCAGGCCAGGAACUGAGCCAGCUUCGCCAAUCUUCGAGAACCAGACAACCUCGUGGUUAAGCCACGGCCGGCCGAUCGCGCCUACGGACGACGAUCGUCCGCAUAGUCGCUCGCAUCACUAUUCCGGCGAGAUUUCUGGCCGCACAGCUGGACAGGAGUCGCUGUGCCGGCUAUUCCGGCCCCAACAACCGAAGCAGCAGCGUUCGUUAACCUCACACACCGCACCAAGCGACGACAAUACAACGAACAGCGAUGUGCGUGCCUCAUCUGCUAAAAUCGCAUCGUCGCGUCGCCUAGACGACGACCGAAUUCGCAGCUCCAACGCAUGCUUCGAUAGACGAUGGCUGCGACUGAGUGCCAAGCGAACUCGGAAACGUCCGUUAUCAAGGUCUUAUUUGUGCUUCCCUCGGUUUACCGUGUUCGAUGAUUCCCAAAUAGGUCGGGAUAUCCUGAAGAACAUCAAUGGAGAGUUCCGCGCCGGUGAGCUGACGGCGAUCAUGGGACCGUCUGGAGCUGGGAAGAGCACACUGCUGGAUAUUCUGGCCGGUUACACCGAAAGUGAAUUCACCGGCGAGAUCUCGAUAAACAAACAGCAGCGUGAUUUGAAGCGUUUCCGGCGCCAGUCCGCCUACAUCAUGCAGGCCCACGACCUUCAGCCGCACCUCACCGUACUGGAGGCGAUGCACUUUUCGGCCAAUCUCAAAAUCGGCACCGAGCUUAGUCCGGCCAGUAAGAAAAUUCGGAUGAACGAAAUACUCUGUGCCAUAGGCCUUCAAGACAAUAAGAAAACGCGCACAUCCAAACUGUCCGGUGGACAGAAGAAACGACUGGCGAUUGCGUUGGAAAUUGUGAACAAUCCACCGGUGAUGUUCUUCGACGAACCCACCAGUGGGCUGGACAACUCCACGUCGAAGAAAUGCGUCGAACUGUUGAAGCAGUUGGCGCGCGAAGGUCGAACUAUCAUUUGCACGAUACAUCAACCGUCCGCUCUGCUGCUGAACAUGUUCGAUCAUCUUUUCACCGUUGCCGAGGGCCAGUGCAUUUUCAGCGGAACGGCCAACAACAUUGUGCCGUUUUUGAAAGAGCUGGAAAUAAUCUGCCCGGAGCACUACAGUCCGUCUGAUUUCUUACUGGAAAUCGCCACUCACGACUACGGACGCCAGAACGACAAACUAGUUGCCAAAACGGAAAACGGUAAAACCACGACCUACCGGCGACACGAACUCUUCACCCCCUUCCUGAUGCCGAUUCUGGAGUCCCCGGUUUCCAUUGAGCUUCCGGCGUCGCCGGUGAAGGAUCCGUCCAACUCCCCAUUCACCAAACCAAAGAAACUAGCCAAGAAAUUGUCGCUGAACCCGGAGAAGUGGUGCGGCCGAGACGAGGUUUACACCACCAGCUUCUGCCGACAGUUUUCGCUGCUGCUGCUGAGGACAUUUUUGAUUUUGAGCCGAGAUCAGUCGCUGAUGACGAUGCGGUUCAUCAUCCACUGCUCGAUUGCGGUGCUGAUCGGGAUGCUGUACUUCGGCAUAGGGAACCAAGCUGCCCACAUCUUCAAUAGCUUCAACUAUGUGUUCUUUUCGAUCAUGUUUCUGAUGUUCACCGCGUUCAGUUCGAUGACGAUGGCAUUUCCUCUGGAGCUGCCGAUCAUCACCCGGGAGCACUUCAACCGGUGGUACUCGCUGCGGGCGUAUUACAUUGCGAUGACGGUGGCGGACAUUCCGAUCCAGUUUCUUUGCACGGUAACCUACAUCUCUAUCACGUACUAUAUGACGGGACAACCACUGGAAGCGUACAGGAUGGGACUGUUUACGUUGAUUUGCCUGAUGGUGGCCUGGGUGGCACAAGGUUUGGGGCUAUUGGUGGCGUCGCUGUUUGAUGUAAAGAACGGAGCCAUCUUCGGGCCCUUCUUCAUCUGCCCGUUUCUGAUCUUCUCCGGGUUCUUCAUCCACCUGAACGACGCGCACGUCAUCAUGCACUGGUUGUUCCACAUCUCGUUCCUCAAGUACGCCCUCCAGGGUGCAACGGUGGCCAUCUUCGGUUACGACCGGCCCAAGCUGGAGUGCGAGGAAACGUACUGCCACUUCGUGCUGCCAAAGAAGUUCCUCAAGGAGAUCGACAUGCUGAGCGCGGACUUUGUCGAGGCUGUGAUAGCCCUGGCGGUGAUUUUCUUCGUCUUCCGGGUGGCGGCGUUCUACGUGAUGCGCUACAGGCUGAAAAACAAAAGCUGAGCUGGGUUGUGAUAAUGGCGCCGUCUGCCGUGCGAACAGUGAUAUCGUCCCAGGCCAGAGAUUCGUAUCGUUCUUAGGAUAGUCAAUUCAGAUAGGUGAAACAUGUGCAUCAACAAAGAAGUCGAUUUGACAUUCCUUUCCCCUUGUUUUAGUGCUGUGUUGAAUUAUAUUUCCCGCACGGGCAAGAACAGUAAAAUCAGGUAGGGUUUAAUAUGAAUAGUCAUCCAAAAGCAAGCGAAUGAGUGUCGAUUUUAUCGUUCAAAAUUUAGUUAGUCUUGCAUUUAGCUAGCUUUGUUAACAAUUAAGGGUGUAUUCCUUAUGAUUUAUAUUUUAUCUGAAGAAUCGAAUGUGUAAUAAAUAAGUUUAUUGAAAUAUCUUCAA